CGCCCCGACCCGCCGAUCACCGCUCUCCCGGAAACCCGGUUCCGCGCUGCGCCUUCCCGCAGCCCUCGCGGCCCGGGCCGGCGCCUGGGCGCGGGGCUAAGGGGGCGCCCGGGCAGCAGGAGCCCAGCGGGACGUGGAUAAAGGCACGUGCAAAGGACGGGACUGCAGUGGCAAGGAUUCGCUAUGUCCUCCUCCUAAUGGUGUCUCCACUGUGGCUGCUUGGUGCUCUGGUCAAAACCAGCAGGCUGCAUGUGGUUUUCCAGUUCCCUCCUUGCCUUAUGCACCUACUAAUUCAUGAAAUGGGAUUGUGAAAACAGACACUACCAAGGGCUUCUGCUCAACUUUCCCUCUGUGGAUGAUGGGUGACAACAGACCCCUGGACCACCUCAGACACAUGGAAUUUCUCAACAUUUGCUUGGAAGAUAACCUACAGCCCUGCCCAGGGACAUGUCCAAGUGAUAUAUGUAGCCAUCCAGGCCCUGAUGAACCUUGCCAGGAAUACGCCUGGCCCUUUGACCCCCCUCAGUCCACCAGGCCUGAUGCUCAUCAUGGUAACUCUGGCGUGGAGCCCACUCGCCUGGAAGAAUGCUCUUUUCAGGGGGAGGCCAGGAAGACUCCAGCAUCACUGAGGUCAGUAGGGGACAACUGCCCUUUGGGGAGUCCACAGCAGAAUCAGAGCUCAUCCACACAGGUGGUGUUCUGGGCUGGCAUCCUGCAGGCCCAGAUGUGUGUUCUGGACCUCGAGGAGGAGCUGGAGAAAACAGAGGGACUCAGAGCAGAACUGAGGUGUUGCAUCCCUCCAUCUUCUAAGGACUUCCUUGGUGAUGUGGACCUGAGCCCCAGCCUGCCCAAGGCGGAUGAAGACCCUGAGGAUGAUAGCAGUGGGCCUGAAGAGGAGAACCAGACCUGGCCGAAAGGGCAAAUGCCAGGCUCCUCCCCAGAGUGGGGUGCUGAGGAGGACAGCAUCUUCUUUGACAAUCCUCUCUUCCUGGAGAGCCCUUCCUCAGACACCAGUGCUGAAGGGGAAUGCUUUUCCUGGGGGUACCCAGAUGGGAAGAGCUGGCAUCAUAGUCCUGAACCCCUGGAUUCUCCACUCCAAGAAGGCACAGGGCUCUGGAGGCCAGGAAGUGAGCUGUGUUUGGGGAGCAACAUUGCUGACCAUGGUGGGUGCACCACCCCUCCAUUCCCUGUGCCUCUCUAUAAGAUGCACCCUUGCAUGGCCUUGGGGUCCAUUGAAGAAGCUUUCACAGUACCUCUUGACCAGGAGGGUGAGGACUCACAGACACCCCAAAGCCUCUCUGACCUGGCUCCACCCAUACUUGAGAACCUGCAGACAGAAGAUUCUUCCUGGCCCCAGGAGCUUCUUGUCUCGCAGAACAGAGGUGAGAGGGAUGUUGGCUGUUUCCAGGAGCCCAUGCCCUGUACCUUGGCCCCCUGGGGAAGCCAAGUGUCUCACCUGGAGUCUGGCUCCCCAGAAACUGAGGGCAGAGGCUCUGGCCCCAGGCCCAGCCCUGUGUCUUCCCAGGAAGGUGGUUCACAGGUCCAGCUCUGCAGUCUCAAGUGGCCAAAAGAUGCCUCCCACCCUUCACUCCUGGAGAAGGAUGAAUCAGAGUUAAAUUCCCUGAAGAAAGAAGAGACAGCAGAGGUCCUAAACCUAAGGCAGGAGGUGGAGUGUGAAGACACAGCCAGGACUGAAGAAGCUCCAGCUGCCCAGCACCAAGUUCACUUGACUUCUGCAGAAGGGCUUCCUGAGAGCCCCAUGCCCCAAGCUCAAUCUCUAGAGGAAGGCCGGAGGCCAUCGUCUGGAAACAAGUUGGCUAAUAACAUCAGAAAUGACAAGGGGGCCUGGAACCUAGCAUUGCGCCUCUAUCACCUGAAUGGUUUCCGGAAGUCUGAAGUGGCUGCCCACCUACGAAAAAACAAUGACUUCAGCAGGGCUGUGGCUGAGGCGUACUUGUCCUUUUUCCACUUUGAAGGUCAGAGCCUGGACCGAGCCCUCCGUGGUUUCCUCCAGGCCCUGGUGCUCAGUGGAGAGACUCAGGAGAGGGAACGAAUUCUCUACCAGUUUUCAAAACGCUUCCAUUACUGCAAUCCUGGAGCCUUCCCCUCAGUAGAUUCCAUACACACCUUGACCUGUGCCAUCAUGCUCCUUAACACAGACCUACAUGGACAGAACAUUGGAAAGAGCAUGAGCUGUCAGGAAUUCAUAACCAACUUGAAUGGCCUGCAGGAUGGUGGGAACUUCCCCAAGGAGCUGCUGAAGGCCCUCUACUGGUCUAUCCGAAGUGAGAAGCUUGAGUGGGCUGUAGAUGAAGAAGAUGCAGCCAGACCUGAAAAGGAUCAGCCCUGUGCAUCAGCUGGCAAGAUAAGCAGUCCCUUCCUCCAGAUGGCUCAGGACCCCACAAUGCCCACCUACAAGCAAGGCAUCCUAGCUCGGAAGAUGCACCACGAUGCCGAUGGCAAGAAGACGCCAUGGGGCAAGCGAGGCUGGAAGAUGUUUCACACCUUGCUGAGAGGGAUGGCUCUCUACUUCCUGAAGGGAGAAGGCCACUGGCUGGAUGGAGAGAGUUUGGUAGGACAUAUGGUGGAUGAGCCCGUGGGAGUGCACCACUCGCUAGCCAGCCCGGCUACCCACUACACCAAGAAGCCACAUGUCUUCCAGCUUCGGACAGCAGACUGGCGGCUCUACCUCUUUCAGGCACCCACUGCCAAGGAAAUGGCCUCCUGGAUCGCACGCAUCAACUUGGCAGCUGCCACACACUCAGCACCCCCGUUUCCAGCCGCAGUGGGUUCCCAGCGCAGAUUCGUGAGGCCCAUCCUGCCCAUGAGCCCGGCCCAGAGCUCCCUGGAGGAGCAGCAUCGUUCCCAUGAGAACUGCCUGGAUGCUGCCUCUGAUGACUUGCUGGAUUUGCAGAGGAAGUUGCCGGAGCGACGGGGCCGCAGCCGUGAGUUAGAGGAGUACCGCUUGCGGAAGGAGUAUCUGGAGCACGAGAAAACUCGAUAUGAGACAUAUGUGCAGCUUCUGGUGGCCCGGCUACACUUUCCUUUGGGGGACCUGGCUAUGUGGGAAGAUCAACUUGGGAAGGAAGCUGAAGGCACUCAGGAUUCCAAACCCAGCCUAAAGAAGUGUCACUCAAGCCCAUCCCUGCACCAGGAUGAGGCCCCUACUACGGCCAAGCUACCUGGACUUUGUACGGAAGUGACUUUUCAGAGGAGCCCAUGGCAGGAAGAGGAGUCUUGUGAUCAAAGAGGAAAUCUGUUCUCAGAAGAACUGUGCCCUUGCUUUAGGUACAGAGAUCUGCACAGAAACGGAGUGGAAAGACUGUAAGAGCCAGAGGUGGUGGAUGAAUUCAAGGAAACAGUGUUUUCUGGACUCACCAAAUCAGGUGCACAUACAGACUCACAAAGAUUGUGACAGAAUGCACAAGACCUGCACAAGCACAAGCCAUACAAAAGCCCAGCAUGGAAGAGGGAAAGAAAACACCCUGGCUGAGGAUCUGUUGAUAUUUGAUUGCUGAUAGGAGGGGAAAAGUUGGGUUGUUUUUUUAAUGGUGUAACAUCUGAGUCCACCUCUAGGAGUAGUCAGCCCAAACAAACUGGACACAAUGGAUUAGCUUGCAUGCACAAACACACAAACACACAAAAUGGAGGGUUGGUUGGAUAGGGUGGUGGAGGAUGAUCUGGGAAGAGUUGGGGAAGUGGGAUUAAUAUGAUCAAGAUUCACUGUAGGAUAAAUAUACUGAAAUCUAUACACCUAAAGAAGAUAAAUAAGAAAGAAAACUCGGGUAAGAUGACCAAUCCUCACUUAGAAAGACAAAUGGGAUGGACAUUGGAUGUAGGAGAAAACAAGUAACAGGACAGGAGCCUACAGCAGAGGGCCUCUGAAAGACUCUACCUAGUAGUAUAUCAAAGCAGAUAUUAAGACUCAUAACCAAACCUUUGACAGAGUGCAAGGAAUCAUAUGAAAGAAGGGGGAGUUAGUAAGACCUGGAAGUACAGGAGCUCCACAAGGACCAAAUAUAUCAGGGCACAGGGGUCUUUUCUGAAACUGUUUCUCCAACCAAGGACCAUGUAUGGAUAUAACCUAGAACCCCUGCUCAGAUAUAGCCCAUGGUAGCUCAGUGUCCAAAUUGGUUCUCUAAUAAGGGGAACAGGGACUAUUUCAGACAUGAACUCAACAGCAAGCUCUUCGAACCACCUCCCCCCCCCAAGGGAGGAGCAGCCUUGCUAGGCCACAGAAGAGGACGUUGCAGCCAGGCCUGAAGAGACUUGAUAAGCUAGGGUCAGAUGGAAGGGGAGGAGGUCCUUCCUUAUCAGUGGACUUGGAAAGGGGCAGGGAGAAG